CUCUGCACAAGGAAUAUAACAUAUCUGUAGAAUUGUAUAUCGGCGUGACACACUCGGAUGACAGGACUGCUGUGAUCUGGUAAUUUCACGUUUUCGUUUUUUGUCUUCCUUAUUUCCCUCUAUACGGCUGUGUCUGUUUCUUCACGUCUAGUAGUCGAGGACUGCGCUUUGGGGGAAGACGGGGCACUGCAGCGCAAUGACUGAGCUAUGAUUCACUCUUUUGCUGCAGCAAUGAGCAACGAACUCCAGAACACCUCCUCCUUGAAUGCCGCGGGCACGUUGAAUUUCCCGGACGUGCAGAACUCGUCGCCGGUGCAGACGCAGGACCUCCGGCCGCUGGCAGUCAGUCCCUGGGACAUCGCUCUGUGCGUGACUGGCACGCUUAUCUCCUGCGAGAACGCGAUUGUCAUCGCCAUCCUUUUCUACACACCCACGCUGCGGGCGCCCAUGUUCAUCCUGAUCGGGAGCCUGGCCUUCGCGGACCUGGUCGCCGGUUUGGGGCUCAUUCUGAACUUCAUCUUCGUCUACAUCCUCAACUCGGAGCUUGUCACGCUCUUCUCAGUGGGUCUGCUCAUCGCUGCUUUCUCUGCCUCCAUACUCAACAUCCUGGCGAUCACGGUGGACCGGUACCUCUCGCUGUACAACGCGCUGACCUACCAUACGGAGCGCACCGUCACGUUCACCUACGUCAGUGUGGUGGUCAUCUGGCUGGUGUGUAUCGUGCUGGGGCUGCUGCCGGUGCUUGGCUGGAACUGCUUGCGUAACGACGCCAGUUGCAGCAUCUGCCGCCCGGUCACCAAGAGCAACGCGGUGGUGCUGGCCGUGACGUUCCUGCUCGUCUUCGCGCUUAUGAUGCAGCUCUACCUGCAGAUCUGCAAGAUCGCCUUCCGCCACGCGCAGCAGAUCGCUGUGCAGAACCAGUUCAUGGCCAUCUCCACCACCAAAGGCGUGUGCACGCUCUCGGCCAUCCUGUGCACGUUCGCCAUGUGCUGGUUGCCCUUCGCCAUGUACUCCAUCGUGGCAGACUCCAGCUACCCAAUCAUAUACACUUACGCAACCGUCUUGCCCGCCACGUGCAACUCUGUGAUCAACCCUAUCAUUUAUGCCUUUAGGAAUCCCGACAUCCAGAAAUCGCUGUGGCUCGCGUGCUGCGGCUGUUUCCCCACCAACCUCUCGUUGCGACCAAGGACAUCAAGUGACGUAUAGAUUGGGGGUCACUUUUCGUUGGCUAAGAUGUUUGUAUUAGCACUCUACUAUGUCCGCAUCACUGGGGGUAGUGUCUGCAUCGAGGGUGUGACGAGUUUGUUAGGAGAAAAAAAACGAAGCAGAAAAAUAUGGAAGUGUACAAUGAGACCUCUACGCCUUUUGUCGACCUUUUUCACGUCGCUGGUGACGACGUGUCGUGGGCCGCGGCUACAGACACUGCGUGUGCAAUCCCACGCUGAACAGUUUUUUUUUUUUUUUUUGCACAAAUGACUAGAGGUGUGGUUCAUUGUAAUAUCACUUCACAUUCGGUAGCACUUCUCACCGUCGGCGACAGGAGGAGAACUCGGGUUCUUCUUCGAUGUAACACGAGCGCUGAAAUUAAGCAGUUUAGCCAAAAUAUCAAUCUGCACGGUUAAAUGGACGAGGGUGAUAGGCAGGUAAAACAACCAAAUUCAGUUUAGUCUCGUCAGCUACGAACACAGGGCAUACAAGCAGCCAAAUAGUGUUUUCUAUAUUAAAACUUGAUACCAAUCAAUAUUUGGGUUAAGUGACAUUCUGCCCCCCAUAGGCUAGGCUAUUUCAGAAAUCCAUACUGUGUGAAUGAAAGCAAGUGUUCGCUUCUGAAGACGUGUGUCUCAACUGACAUUCCAAGCUAUGACGCUGUCCAUUUCAAUUCAGAUUCAAUCUGGCCGAAAAGACGUUACACAUACAGAGCCUGGCAAAUUAUGCCACUCAUAAUCACUUUUUUUUUUCAAAGAAAUGUGAAACGCCUCUCAUGGAUUCGCUAAAGCACAACGACACGGAAGAUCAGGUUUUCAGACGCGGUGCCAAAGAAGUUUCAGCACCACGGAGAGCUACCCAAGAGCAGAGGCCCCGAUGCCCAUGCAAGGCUGCUUUUUAAACACGAGGAGCGCGUUGUUCAUUUAAUUAUGCACGAGGAAGAGGUGAGGAGAAUAGAACGAACGCACUCCAGAGAGCGGAAGUGUGUACUCUUUCUCGGGUAAAACGUUGACAAUCCAGGUUUUUACACCCUUUGUAAUGUAUUCAAGCAUAUCAUGCCUGCUCCCGUUUGUCUCAACGCGAGCUGAUCUUAUUGGUUUCUGGCAUAGAAUGCUUUCUUCAAUCCGCCAACCAGUCGCGGGCACCAAUCGCCGUUUAUGACCAUAGUUGAACCAUUCAACGUCGCCUUUGCGAUAGCUGCAUGGUGUGCGUCAUUUACAGACUGAAGCAAAUGAACAUGUCUAUUUGAGGUAUAGAUUGAUCAAGAUCACAUACGCCUGCAAAACAUCAAAAUAAUUGACUUUUGAGUGUCUUGACCAGUGAGACCAGUUUUUUUUACACCUUCCUUUAGCCAAGUAUAGCCCUUCGGCCAUCUGAGCAUUAAACCCCAAUACACUGUAAGCCUAGACUGUUUUCGUUAGAGAUAACAGUAAAUAGUUCAACUAACAAAAUAUUUGUUGGCCAUACUACAGCAAUGCUGUGAAGUUAACCUUUACUUUUCUUUUUUCUGUGUCUAUUCCCCAGAAGCAAUCUCGUUUACGCGUGUUCAUGCUUGAUGGCAGAGUGCCACUGCCACGGGGCAGCUAGACACAGAGGUUAAUGAGGAUUACCUCGGCAAAUGAUUUCAUGCGAAAUGAGACGCCAUCCGAGUCGCUUUAAUUCGACCCGCGGUAACAUGUUUUCCACGGCGAAGCUUAAGUCAAUUUUGUUGCUAGAGGGCAGCUUCUCUUGGAUUGCUGAAACUAAAUUGGAAAACGAUAUAAAUAGCAUAGACAUGCUGAAAAUGAGAAGAAAAGUGGUAUACGCUGAAGUCCAGCUAUAAUGACCUAUGUGCCUGUAUACGCAGGUAACCAUUAUCUUUAGUUGGAGAGGCGGCUUUACCACUUGCUAUGGUUAACUAGUUUCUGUAGUCUUUGUGCGAAAAUAGCUAAAUUAACAAACUAUCACUGUUUUUUUUUAAGUCACCUCUACCGUAAGGACAUUGCAAAUCCAUUCAAAACAAGGUGAGAGAAACACAUUAAAAUGUAAAACAAAGAAAAAAAACUUGACUUAAUAUGACGCAGAGGUCACACAACUGAUGUACAACGUAGGAUGUCAUAGUUUUUAUACUAUACGUUUGUAACGUGAUGUUUUUUUUAUUGUUAUAAUUUUAUGUGGAGGGGAAACGGCCUAUCACAUGACCUUUUAAGAAACGGCGUUGUCUUAUUUUGACGUGCGAUAUGCUCUAUAUCGCCGUGUACGUUGUAUUCCGGCCUUAUCUCGUUUCCUCGCAAUAACGUUUCGG